UCCACGCGCCAGUAAAAUCUUUCCAUGUUGUCAUUGCACAUACGGACCGUGCGCUCACGCCCGCUCGCAUCCAGGUUGCGACCAGGGUAGCUAGAGGGAGGACCGAUACAUCGGGAAGGACGCUGUUCAAGCUGGCUAACCCACGGCACCCCAGAAGCAAAACCUCUCCUGUGUCCAUGGGUGUGAAGGUGCUGCAGUGUUUUCCCUGGUACAGGCGCUGCAAAGAGAGGGGCAAGGGCAGGCAGUGCCCCCAAGAGGCAGUGUCGUCCGAUGAGGUUCAGCCCCGCCUCUCCUCCACGGCCUCCUGGGGGAGUGAGGGGGAAAGUGGGAGCAGCGUGGGGGGGUCCCAGGUCUACUUCUCCCACAAGGCCCGUGUCUCCUUCCGACACCAGAUGGACAGCAACAUCAACGCCAUCGACGCCACCUACUAACCCUGCACCCCUCCCCACCAGGCCCUGAAAAGGACGUUUAGAUAAGUUAAGCGACAACGGGAGGAAGAACGUGAGGAAGAGGAGAGGGGGAGAAAAGGAAAGAAGAGGUGGAGGGAAAAGGAGUACUGUUUACGUCAUUACCAACAAGUGCAUUUCAUCCCUUUGAGAUGAUCUUUUUUUCUCUGUCCAGUUACCAUCUUUCCUGUUCAACGUUUAGAGUUGGCCUCUUGUUUCUUGCGUGAGCUUAUGGUGCUACAUGCACGCGGAUGAGCUGGUCUGUGGAAACGCCGCGGUCAAUGCGCGGUUUAGCCUGUUAGCAGUUUCCCUUCCCUAGUACCUCAAGCGAGCAGAGCCACGGACAGA